AGAGGGGGAGCUGGGAGCCAUCAGGACCUCUCGCUUCAAUCUCUCUUUUUCUUGCAGACCGGUCUCUGUCUCUCCAUACAGAGCUUUUAUUCAGACCUCACGCUGCCCUUCGUGCUCCGUGUUCCCGUUUCUCCCUCCCCAUAAGACUAUUUACGACACAAACAACGAAUUUCCUCCAAACGGCCGCGUUAGUGAUCCAUCGUCACAUGCCUUCGGGGGCUCAAAUCCGGUUGGGAUUCGAGAAAGCCGAGGCGCCCCAGCACAUCCUCCUGAAUCAUACCUUCGGCCAGGGUUCGCUAGAAUAAUCUGGAUAUAUAAAAAGAACACUGAACAGUCGAAGCCGCUCUUCCACGGCUAAGGUAUCUCCUUGACCGAGUACCCAGGGUGCAUCUGGAAUGGCUGUGAACGUGUGUGUCAAACACCACGUCUUGUGCCAUAAAGAUGAAAUCCUGUGCAGAAGCUUCCCCCAUGCAUCGUCUUAGCGUGGAAUAGAUCCUUCUUAGCAUCUGCAUCUGAUAUCGCUCCUCAGAGAAACAUGUGCUGAGAUGGAAAAGAAAUCAAGGAGAUUUCCAUGGAGGCAUUUUUAAAGGCAUCAUCUUAGAAGGACAGUAUAAUGGCUGACUGCUCUGCCUGGGACUUCUCCUAAGGAAGCAUCACCCUCAGGAGGUGCUGGCUAAUCACCGUGUCCUCAGAAUCGCCCGCGUGCUGGAAUUCAGGCCCCGGAUUGUAGGACAGCCGCCGCCGUCGGGCUCUGUCUAUGACCCCUCUGAGAGGCUUGCUGGCGAGCCCACGGCCUCUCUUGGGUCCAGCUGCCCGGAUCACGCCCCCUCUCCGCCGGCCAGCUUCCCCACUCAGUGUGCUUAGCGUCCCUGCGGAUGCCGCGCUGAACAAUGUCAAGACCCCAGGGACUGGUAUGGCUUCCGCUGGUCUUCACUCCCGUCUGUGUCAUGCUCCACGCCAAGGUCCUGCUGUGCAUCACCGCCCUGGCCAUCAAGUUCACGCUCAUAGACAGCCAGGCCCAGUACCCCGUGGUCAACACCAACUAUGGCAAAAUCCGGGGCUUGAGAACACCCUUGCCCAAUGAGAUUUUGGGGCCUGUCGAGCAGUACCUGGGUGUCCCUUAUGCCUCGCCUCCGACCGGAGAGAGGCGCUUCCAGCCCCCGGAGCCCCCGUCCUCGUGGACGGGGAUUCGGAACGCCACCCAGUUUGCGGCCGUGUGCCCGCAGCACCUGGACGAACGGUCUCUCCUGCACGACAUGCUGCCCAUCUGGUUCACCGCCAACUUGGACACGCUAAUGACCUACGUCCAAGAUCAGAACGAAGAUUGCCUUUACUUAAACAUCUACGUGCCCACGGAGGACGGAGCCAACACAAAGAAAAAUGCUGAUGAUAUAAGCAGUAACGACCGUGGUGAAGAUGAAGACAUCCACGAUCAGAACAGUAAGAAGCCAGUGAUGGUGUACAUUCACGGCGGCUCCUACAUGGAAGGAACAGGGAACAUGAUUGACGGGAGCAUCCUGGCCAGCUACGGCAACGUCAUCGUCAUCACCAUCAACUACCGCCUGGGGAUUCUCGGGUUUUUAAGUACCGGCGACCAGGCGGCCAAAGGCAACUACGGACUCCUGGAUCAGAUUCAGGCCUUACGAUGGAUUGAGGAGAACGUCGGGGCCUUUGGUGGGGACCCCAAGAGAGUGACCAUCUUUGGCUCCGGUGCAGGUGCCUCUUGUGUCAGCCUGUUGACCUUGUCUCACUACUCAGAAGGUCUGUUCCAGAAAGCCAUCAUCCAGAGCGGGACUGCGCUGUCCAGCUGGGCCGUGAACUACCAGCCUGCCAAGUACACUCGGAUAUUGGCGGACAGGGUCGGCUGCAACAUGCUGGAUACCACGGACAUGGUGGAUUGCCUUCGGAACAAGAACUACAAAGAGCUUAUUCAGCAAACCAUCACCCCGGCCACGUACCACAUUUCCUUCGGGCCCGUCAUCGACGGGGACGUGAUCCCGGACGACCCCCAGAUCCUCAUGGAGCAGGGCGAGUUCCUGAACUACGAUAUCAUGCUGGGCGUCAACCAGGGGGAGGGGCUCAAGUUCGUGGACGGCAUCGUGGACAACGAGGACGGCGUGACGCCCAACGACUUCGACUUCUCCGUGUCCAACUUUGUGGACAACCUCUACGGCUACCCGGAAGGCAAGGACACCCUGCGGGAAACCAUCAAGUUUAUGUACACGGACUGCGACAAGGAAAACCCCGAGACGCGGCGAAAAACCUUGGUGGCCCUCUUCACGGACCACCAGUGGGUGGCGCCCGCCGUGGCCACCGCGGACCUGCACGCCCAGUAUGGCUCGCCCACCUACUUCUACGCCUUCUACCACCACUGCCAAAGCGAGAUGAAGCCCAGCUGGGCCGACUCGGCCCACGGCGACGAGGUCCCCUACGUCUUCGGGAUUCCCAUGAUCGGUCCCACCGAGCUCUUCAGCUGCAACUUCUCCAAGAAUGAUGUCAUGCUCAGCGCAGUGGUCAUGACCUACUGGACAAACUUCGCCAAAACCGGCGACCCCAACCAGCCUGUUCCUCAGGACACCAAGUUCAUUCACACCAAACCCAACCGCUUUGAGGAAGUGGCCUGGUCCAAGUAUAACCCCAAAGACCAGCUCUACCUACACAUCGGCCUGAAGCCCAGAGUGCGGGACCACUACCGGGCCACCAAAGUGGCCUUCUGGCUGGAACUGGUACCCCACCUGCACAACCUGAACGAGAUCUUCCAGUACGUCUCCACCACCACCAAGGUCCCACCUCCCGACAUGACCUCCUUCCCUUACGGAACUCGGCGGUCCCCUGCCAAGAUCUGGCCCACCACCAAGCGCCCGGCCAUCACGCCCGCCAACAACCCCAAACACUCCAAGGACCCUCACAAGACGGGGCCCGAGGACACCACCGUCCUCAUCGAGACCAAACGGGAUUACUCCACGGAGCUGAGCGUCACCAUCGCCGUGGGGGCCUCCCUGCUCUUCCUCAACAUCUUGGCCUUCGCCGCGCUGUACUACAAGAAGGACAAGCGGCGCCACGAGACGCACCGGCGCCCCAGCCCCCAGAGGAACACCACCAACGACAUCGCGCACAUGCAGAAUGAGGAGAUCAUGUCCCUGCAGAUGAAACAGCUGGAGCACGACCACGAGUGCGAGUCCCUGCAGGCUCAUGACACGCUGAGGCUGACCUGUCCCCCGGACUACACCCUCACGCUGCGCCGGUCCCCGGAUGAUAUCCCGCUCAUGACGCCAAACACCAUCACCAUGAUUCCCAGCACCCUCACGGGGAUGCAGCCGCUGCACACCUUCAACACGUUCAGCGGGGGCCAGAACAGUAGCAAUCUACCCCACGGACACUCGACCACGCGAGUAUAGUUCUGCCGUCUUUCUGUCCCCUCCCUUGGCGCCUCCCCUCCGCCACACGCAAGAGAGAAAGGAAGACAAAAGCGACAUCUCCCCACAAGGAAUGCGUUUCUUCCCACCGGCCUCGGACGGACACGCCGAAGGGCGGCCCCCGUGUCCCGGCAGACUUUUCCCACGACCAUGUCCCAGUGCGGCAAGAUCAACUUCCGACCCUGCGAAAUGUGAAAUGUAUCCAUGUGCUGUUACAAUACUGCUUUUCAGAGCUCCAUCCCCACCGCAAACGUGAGCGAGGCUGGAAUGUGACCGUUUCAAGGACCUGGGUGUCUCCAUGGGGGACCGUGGAAGCGGACACUUCUGGAACUCAGCCAGGGACCCAAUUUCUUCUUCUUUCUUUCUUUCUUUCUUUUAUUUUUUUUAAAAUUACAAUUGAAAAAGAAAUAAACGUUCUUUAUGUGCCAUAGGACGGAUGACUCUGCUUAAGGGAGGGAAGAGUCUGUGGGCGUUGACCCAGCAUAUGGAGCUGGAAUCCAGAGAGAAGGAAAAGUAGAAUUUUAUUAUUAAAAUAAAAGAACUGACUAUGCAGUUACGUACGUAGAGUUCUGUGCAAAGAGAUGUUUUGCCAGCCUGAACUGUAUUUAAGGAACUUUGUAAAAAUUUAAAAAAAAAAAUGUAUAUAGCUGUGCGUUUAAACACACACACACACACACAGAGAAAACAAACAAAACAAAACAAAACAAAAAAAGCUUUUAUUGGUGUUUUCAGUUUGAAAGAGCUUUUAGCAAGAUUGUGCUUUUCCAUUGUGUUCUGUAUGUAUAUAAAUUGAUAUACUCAUUACUCCUAUCACCUCUGUUUCCUCCAGGACCAAGGAGGAUGUUCUUAAUUCCUUGUGGCCAACAGACAUGGGGUUUUCUAAUGCGUUUCAUUUGUAGGAAAAUGCGGUUGUCACCCAGUGGACCCAGACUGUCUGUGCAACUGGUGGCUCUCCCUCCUUUUGUGGGCUGGACAAGUGCAUGCAACAGCAUUCUUAGGACACUCUUGUCUUCAGGAACACUUUGCAUUUUUUUGGUGUGUUAAGGCUUCAUGGAGUUGCAACCCCAGGAUGGACCCCCCCGCAUGGAGUCUGUGGAAAGUUUGUUGAAUUAGAAACACACGCAGGCAGAGUGACGGCAGGGGGACAACCACAACAUCCAAGCCCCUCAUUCUGUAGUUCUGGCUCUUUGAAUUGGGAAGAGUGGCUUCCCGACCCAGGGCUCUGCCAAAAAAAAAAAAAAAAAGGGAAAGAAAGCUGGUGUUUGGUGGGGCCGAGCUCUGCUGAGUCAAUACAACGCUGUAUUCCCCAGCAGCUGCACAAGGGUUUGGCUGAUGCCAUACCUGCUCAUCAGGUUUAGUUCAUCAGAUUGAAAGAGGUCAUGUGUCUUUCCCUUUCUGUGGAUGCAGUAAGUCCCUUCUUUGUCCAUCAGCAGGGUUUUUAUUUUUGUUUUUACUCUUUAUACCAUCUGUGGGAUAAAACAGAUGCCUGUCUGAAAAUUAUCUUUUGUGGAUGUGUACAUCGGCCACGGGUCAAUGAGUCUUACGGAAAGAAAAAGCAAACAAAAGGACAGAACAAAGUGUUCUCACAUGGGUUUUCAGGGACGUUAGGUAGCCUCGCCGUCAAGAUCAAUGGAAAAUAGUCGCCCAUGAUAAAUUGGUGAGCUGGGGACAUGAGCCUUGUCCCUCUGAUGCUUUGUCAUGGUUGCAUCAUCCUUUUCAUUUACCUUUAGGGAUAUUUUGAAGGAGUCAUAAAGUGGAAGGGCAAAAAAAAAAAAAAAAAAAAAAAAAAGGAGUAGCCAUGGUCACAUUGUGUCUUGUCUUUCGAGAAUUGUUGCAACACCCGGAAAUAGUCGCCAAAGAUGUUUGAAGAGACUGUCUCCGGGCUCGAGGGUGCUUAUGGCAGAAACCCAGUAUUGAAUAUCCUUGGAAAAGUGGAUGUAUUCCACAAAGAGAGUCCACAUUCCUUGUCCUUCUAUACAAUCUUUGAGCGACUAAACCCCUCAACGCAAACUGUCCUGAAACCUAUCAAAGUGUUUCAAAAUGCCCACCCCCCCAAAAAAAAUAAGAGAGUUCUUAGAAAUGCAUCCAGGUCACCCAGUCAAUUUCACUGUUCAUCUUGGUUUAAAUCAGAGGGUGACUCUGUAUAUACACGUGGAGGUGAUUAGAACUCCAGCGUUGCACACAGCGAGGCACCCCUGCCAUGGCGAGAGGUGUCGGGGCUAAGGUUGCUGUUCGUCAUUGUUGAAAGCUACUGUCAGGCCAUUUCUGCAAGCUCUGUAUUACCCCCGCUGAGGUCCAGCCAGUAGGCUGUCCAUGAAACUGCAAAAGAGGUGAUACUUGGCACUAAUGUGGGUCCGAUAUGUUUGUAAAGUGACUUCCAGUAUUUGUUUAGUAUUUCCAAUUGUCUUCUGCUAGCAAUAUGCACAGUACUGUAUCAGGCUUGUGACAUUUGGAUAAGGAAAAAAAAAAAAAAGAGUUCUUGUUAAGUGAAUAACUUUAGCUUUUACAGAGGAUUAUGAUCAAAAGCAAUUUAAUACACCUUAAAUGAUCUCUUAUUUCUACAUGGAAAGAAGUUAUAGAAUCUUCAUAGUGUUCUAUGAGAAUAAAAUAUACUUGCUAUCUAUAAAAAAAAGAGAAAAACAUGAGAAAAAAAAAACAUAAGUUAAAAAAGAAAAAAAACUUUCCUAGGCUUUUAUUGUUGACCUUCACUGGCACGCAGGGUUUAAUGGUUUCUUGGAUUAUUAUUUUGCGAUUUUGUUUUUGAUUUUGCCUUAAGUAAUGAUAGAAGAUAUAUAUGGCUGGACACAUAUGUAUAAACUUUUCAGCAGCAUUUUUAAUAAUAAAAUAUCACAGUAUUUUCUAA